GAGCGUAUACGUCAGUCGGCCUCCAUCGCGCGCGCGCGUCAUCGUCGGGUCGUGCAAAACGGCGCAUAAAGCGCAUAAUUUCGCAGACUCCACGCAAAAGAUCCGUGUCGGCCUCGGGUUGAUCUGCCCAGUCAUCAUCAUCAUCACUGCGAUCGUCAUCGAACAUCGUCGACAUCAACGGAGAACGUGACUUCAUCCCCCGAGAAACGACGAAGUGCGCGGCGACAAAGAGAUCGAAUUGCGUGCGCGCGUACUGGGGCAGGUACACAGCCUAUUAAAAGGCAACUAGAGGGAGAGAGAGAGAGAGAGAGAGGAGACAACAUUGUCGAGUGACAAUAGUGACGUAUAGGUGGACAGGGGUGGCCCAUCAGGGCGAAGGGGUGUGUUGCUCCUCGGCCAACAGCUGUAGCUGAGCGGCACCGUUUUUCUCCGUCUUGCGAUUCGAUCCUACGCGUUCCGUCUCGCUUCUACGCUCUAUCCUUUCCCCUUCCCCCCGCUCUAGACGGCGGCAGCAGCAGCAGCAGCAGCAGCUGAGAGGAAGACUCUCGGCGGGGCGCACGUCGUCGCGUCGCGUCGCGUCGCACUCACCCUAGAGGCUGUCACGCGCGCUAUUAAUAUACCCCUCCGUGGCGCACGGCAGUCGUCCACGAACGUCUUUCGAGCGCGGACGGUAGCGGGGGAGUAUCUGUGCCAUGCACGGCGAGUAGGAGCCGUGUAGGACGAAGCGAAUCGGCGGAGGAGAGACGCCCGCACCGGGAAACGCACCGCCCGCGCCGCCAAGGAGACUAUUAGGUGACAGAGAGAGAGAGAGAGAAGGCGCGCUCGUGCACGCUGGACGUCGUGGAGCGCCGUCGACGCCGCCGACGACUGAUACUACUACGACGACGACGUCGAUCCGAUGAUGCACCCCGAUCCGGAGAUGAUGGAGCGACUCUGGGCGUGGGAUCGCGUCCUGGCCGGUCGCCGGGUCAUGGAACGUGUCAUGGAGUGGAUUUUCUUGGACGUGUGGUGCUGGAUGUAUCGGCGAGCGAUGGGAAUCGAGCGCGAGAACGUCGACGGCAACGCAGCGGCGUCGUCGUCGCCGCUGUCCCAGGAAACGUCCGCGUCGUCGGCCGGCCGCACCGAUCCACCAUCCGUGGGGUGCAAGAGCGAGGUGUGCCGGUACAUCGCCGCCGGCGAGAAGACGCUGCUCUGGGAGAACAGCGCCUUCUUCGUCAACCUCUACCUGUUCAUCGUGCUCAUCGCGAUAUUCUGGAUCUAUACCUUGAUGGGAAUGACGUCACCAUUAUUUCCAUAUAAACUUGUCGCCGUGUAUUGUAUUAGCCAAUUGAUAAUCGCUUACAAAUUCAUGGACACCUUAGCCCCUGCAGUGGAGCAAAGGGAGUGCUGUGGACUUCAUUGGGUAUGGCAGACCUUGAAGAAGUUGCGGAGCGAAAAACCAGGAUUGCAUUGCAUCGUCCUUUGUCUCGUGGCCUUCUUCCUAUGGUUCCUCGACCACGUCCAUACGUCAACCCUUUGCUUCAUGUACUACGGCAUGUUACUGGCAUGUAUGCUACUGCGAUUUCCCCUAAAACUGUUUGACAAAGCACGGGAGUACCUCUUGUCACACAAAGACUGGCAAUGUGACAGUGAAAUCGAGGAUGAGUUUUUACCUGUGGUAACAGAGGCGAGUUUACUAGUAUUAACCCGAGUGGGGGAGACGGGCGAUCAUUCACCAACACCGACGAGUGUGCAGUCGGACACUCAGAAUGAUUCUUUUUACGACGAGGAUUUCAUAGAAGGCCUCCAGGAGAUAGCGUUCAAUAUGCCCUCCCAUGGAGAGGGUAGCACCGACGGUGUCGAACUAUCGGAACUGGAGCUCAGCGUCGGCGAGAAUGACGCCGAAGAGGAUGGUAUAAAGUUUCAGAGCGGUCACUUCGAGAAGAGUUCCUCGUCCUCUUCCGAGGAGGAAGUCUUCGACGCGAAAAAAAUCGCGGCCAGCAGCGAUGAGAGCAACGGCGAUAGCGACUUCGAGAUAAUCGACAAGGAGGAAAUAGCAAAGAUAGAAAUGUGAUGAAAUUCGAUCGAGGUGCAAAAAAAUACGGAGGGAUUAUCGCGCGCGACAUUAAGUUACGAUGUAAAGCUGAAAGAAAACCAUCUCUGAUCUCUGUAAUCGGCCGCGAACGAGAUAAAAAAUUUAAUCCAGCAACGAUAAUCAAUAGCAACUUCGCUUGAAGUACAAUCGUCUCGGCCGAAUGUGAUGGUAAAUUGAGAUAAAGAAAAUAAUAUAUCAUUUAAGUUACAUAAUUGUCUCCCGAUCGCAACGUUGUACUCCCAUGCGUACAAAGUAUCGAUCUUGGUCGAAGAUACGAAGAAAGCAAAAUUUAUUUAUUUAGACGAAUUCAGUCGAACGCCCGUAUCCUUUGUUCUCUACCGCAUCUAGUCUUGCGCUACUCUCUCAUUGUAAGAAAGGUAACGAAGAGUAGAAAGGCGGGGACUUAAAGAAUAAGGGAACUCAACUGUAGAUACAUAUAUAUGUACAAUAUGAUACCACUGGUAUUGUAUUUAAUGUCUCUGGAUGAUUAAAUAGGCGUAUGUACAUUUGCAAUGUAAUAAAUAUGCACCUGUGUACAAACGUUUUAACCUGAAGAGUCAGUUUGACCUAAUUGCUACAAUUAAGCAAUUGCAACGGCGUUGUACGACAGUAAGGAUGUGAAAGGUACCUAAAUACGAUCAAUAAAAAGCUGCACUCCGGUAGCGCAAACAAACAUUUUAGAUGUAAGAAUGUAUUAUAUUGUAACAUGUGUCUGUGAGAUGUGUAAAAAAAAA